AUGGCAACGUUUCUACUGAUUGUUUUGUUAGCAAUAUUGUUCGGGGAUGUUGGAUAUGGACUGCAGAUCAAUAUUACUGUACUUGACAAUGCCACAACACAAGGCGCUGUGUGUCUAGAUGGGAGUCCACCUGCAUAUUACUUUGACAAGGGAUUUGAUACAGGACUUUCCAACUGGAUUAUCUUCCUUGAUGGAGGUGGAUGGUGUGAAAGCAUCUCCGAUUGCAAAAAUCGUUCAAUUACAGAAAAAGGAUCUUCCAAGAAUAUGAAGAAUCAAUCACAAUUUGCUGGGAUACUUCAUAACACUCCCCAACAAAAUCCAGACUUUUACAACUGGAACAGAGUGUGGGUGAAUUACUGCGAUGGAUCAUCUUUUACUGGUGAUGUUGAACAUGUUGAUCCAGAAAAGAAGCUUUAUUUUAGAGGAGCAAGAAUAUUUAAAGCUGUUAUGGAUGAUUUAUGGAGGAAAAGAAUGCAAUAUGCUAAAAAUGCAAUCUUGAGUGGAACUUCCGCGGGAGGGUUGGCAACAAUCUUGAACUGCGACAAGUUCAAGUCCUUCUUUCCUGACAAUGCUGUCAAAGUAAAGUGUGUUGCAAAUGCAGGCUUCUUCAUUAAUGCCAACACAAUCUUUGGUACUCCAAAUAUUCAAAAUAUGUACGAGAGAGUUGUUAUUUUACAUGAAUCGGCGAAGAAUUUGCCUCAAGCUUGCACGUCAACAAUGGAACCGAGUUCGUGCUUCUUCCCUGAAAAUAUUAUUCCGUAUAUUGAGACUCCUCUAUUUAUAAUCAAUUCAGCAUAUGAUGCUUGGCAGGAAUCGGCGAAGAAUUUGCCUCAAGCUUGCACGUCAACAAUGGAACCGAGUUCGUGCUUCUUCCCUGAAAAUAUUAUUCCGUAUAUUGAGACUCCUCUAUUUAUAAUCAAUUCAGCAUAUGAUGCUUGGCAGGUAGUCUUUGUUUGGUUCUUUGGUUAUAGUGGAUCUGGGGUUAAGGUUAAGGCUAUCUGCAUAUGUAGAGGUUUGUGGUUCUGUGAUCAAAGGUUUCUUGACAUGUUUGGGUUGUAA